AUGCAUUUCCCCUCCCUCGUCGUCUUUUCCGUCAGCGCGCUCAGCGCCCUCGCCGCGCCCGUGCUGAAAGACACAACGUACAACGCGAUUUCGAUUUCCGGUGGCACAGCCGGCAACGCAAAAGCCGAAGCCACAGCUGUGUUUUCGGCGCUGGACCUCAAGAACCCGGGGAACAUUGAUCCGGCAGAUCUCACGUUCCUGAAUAACGUCAAUCAAGUCGCCAACGAUGCCGAGAAGCAAGUCUUUAAUCCCGCCGUCGCUGCCGCGAGCGGCACGCAAGCGACGCAGAUUCAGAACGGAAAAAUCAAAAACAAAGUCCUCAAGCUCAUGGCUACGGUAAUCAAACUCCAGGCGCAACAAGCUCAGGGCAAAGACGUCGCUACGCAGCUCGCUGAGGAAACUAAAAAAUUCAGUAAUAAUGUCGAUUUGGAUGUCAAGGCCGCGGGCCAAGUAUCUGUUGCGGAGAAGUUUGAUGCGACGAUUUCGGGGACCAAGUAG